AAGAUGCUUCCUCUCAUCCUCUCGGAACCUGCCUGGAACCUCACCCACUUUCUUACAAUACUCUCUUUCUCACCCUUCAUCCAUUCUCUAUAUAUUCCCUCUCACACUUCACUCUCCCCUCAACCAAAUCUCUCUCUCUCUCUCUCUCUUCUCAAUAUCAAACUUCUCACUAAUAGUGAUUUGGAUAUCUUCAGUUCUGCAGAAUAGAAGGUAUGGAAGGCUUUGCGUCCAGCUUCAGUCAAGAACAUGGCCCCAUCAAUGGCCGUCUCUGCUUUCAUACUGCUACCAACCAAUCCUUCUUCUCUGGAUCUCUUCCAUAUUACCAGACGCCGUCAGGUUCAACCGUAUGCAAUUCGAAAUCACCAAAGUCGUCAAAUUUGAGCAGCAGGAAGCCAUCUAUAAAUAUCACCAUCCCUCCCAUGGGCUUAAGGAUGAGUUCGUCUUCAACAUCAUCGGAUGUCGCAGAGGACAAUAACAAGCGCUACCGAGGAGUUCGGCGGCGGCCAUGGGGGAAGUUCGCGGCGGAGAUUCGUGACCCGAAUCGAAAGGGAUCAAGGGUUUGGCUUGGAACCUUCGAUACAGCCAUGGAAGCAGCGAAAGCAUACGACAGAGCCGCAUUCAAAAUGAGAGGAAGCAAAGCUAUACUCAAUUUCCCUCUUGAGAUUGGAUCAAGUUCUGAAGAAUCUGAGUCGUCAACAGUGGAAAACGUGGUUGGUGAGAAAAGGGAAAGAGAGGAAAAAAUUGAACAGAAGAAUGAAGAAGAAUUUAAGAAGAUGAAGAAGGAGGAGGACGAGGCAGCCUCACCCACAGGUGGGGUUGUUUCUUCUGCUGCUGCUGCUGCUUCAUCUUCUGUAACGGCUGGUCCAUUAACGCCGUCAUGCUGGAAGGGAUUUUGGGAUACUGAGGUUGCCAACACUAUUUUCAGUGUUCCUCCGUUAUCGCCGUUAUCUCCUCCAAUGAUGGUUGUGAGGUAGAAGCAAAGAG